AUGGGCCUCGCAGCGUCGCGUACCGAGGGCUUCACGCGCGUGCGAGACGUGCCGCUCUCGCAAAACGAAGUCGCGCCCUCUGAGAUCGGAGACGCAGCAUCUCGAGAUGGCUUGAGUGGAGUCAACCUUCACACCAAAGGAACAGAAUUCUAUGGCAACUCGUCCAACUUGGCAUUCCUAGGAAACCUCUACACAAGAGCAAAGAAUCAAGCAGAGAUACGGGCUGAUGAAUACUGGCCUACAGAGCCAGAUACGACAGCUACUACAAACAGACCACAACCUCUUUCACCCACAACAUGCCCAGGGACAGGGCCCUUGUCUAGCAAGGCGCAACUUUCUAUCGUGAAUCUACUAUACAACGCAGACUAUACAGGUCAUCCAUCACCGCAUUCACUCGCUGGUAUCGAGAGUGGAACAAAACUAAGCCCGUCUUUCAGUGUUGGGCAGGGUGACACCGGUACUGUCAACAGCUCCCAAGAUAUCAGUCUCCUUGCCAUUUUCCCAAACAUAACACCUACAGCCCAACUUGAAAUCGAAAAGAUUUUUAUCGGCAGCUACUUCACCAACAAGCACUAUAUCCACCCCGUCCUAUCCAAGGGCUCCUUCAUGCGCCGCUGCGAACGGGAGGCAUGGCCCAUCUCCAAACGUACCGCACUCUUCCGUGGCGCCAUCAAGUUCGCCGGUCUCUACUUUACCGUGGUAGCCCUGGGUGCGAUAAAUGCGAGCCCAAAUGAGACAGCGCUCCUCGACCACUUUUACCAUCAGUUUAAAGAUCCCGAUAAAACGCUUCCGCCGGAAACGCGGUUCUCGGCUCUGGAUUUUGCAAAGUUCUACUUUGAUAUCGCGAAGCAGGCGCUUGGGGAUUUGUUUGAGAGUAGUUGCCUCGAGACUGCGCAGGCACUGUUUCUUAUGAGUGUUUUCCGUCAGAAUUCGUUGCAGCCGCAUAGUUGCUAUAUGUAUAGUGGAAUGGCUGUGCGAACAGCGGCGGCUAUUGGGUUGGCUUCUAGUAUGUCUUCUUUACCCUCGGGUAUAAGGAAAGAAGCAAAGCGAACUUGGUGGUGCAUUUACUCUCACGAGAUCGAAAUGUGCUGUUCCUCCGGACGCCUAGACAGCAUGAAGGAAUUACACUACUACCAAGUCUCCCUACCCAAGUUAAAGGUAAAGCAGCUUUACUAUCAACCCACCCCUCACAUUCAGUAUCCAGGUCCUAAUGAAUUCCAGGUAAACGCAGGCCCCCUCGACCCCGACGCAGAAGACAACGACAUAGUCAUGAUCCCCACCAUGGUCUCCCUCGCCCAGAUAAUGUCCAACGCCUCACACCAACUCUAUCACUCCACACAGCGCUCAAUGAGCGAAAAAUCCCGACUCGCAAUGGCCCUGGACGCACGCCUCCUCGACUGGAAGGCAAAUAUACCGCCCUUCCUCAACCCAGACGCAACAACACUCAAUGAUCCCGAGUGGGCGUUUAAACAAAAACUGGUCCUGCGACUGCGAUACUAUAACACCCGCAUCCUAAUUCACAGACCCUUCCUCGUCGCGGCAACGUCUAACACGCACUCCCGCGAAUUCCGCCACCAUCUACACAUAUGCCUCGAAGCUGCGCGGAAAAGUAUCACGAUGCAAUACGAGUCGUUUAUGCACCGUAUCUAUAUUCGAACAUGGUGGUACAACACAACCUACGCCCUCUACGGCUCAAUGAUCCUCCUCCACCUCGUCCUCUCAAAUUACCCUGACCUCCCGGACGACGAUCUCCUCGCGGACGUGGAGAAGUCCCUUGAGAUCUUCGAGUCGAUGGAUGAUAUUAUCGUUGCGAGGCGAUGCGCGGUGAUUGAGAAUGGUCUUGUGAAUGGGAAGGGGUCUGGAGUCUCUGGACAGAUUGGGUCUGGUUCUGGGCCUGUGGAUAAGUCGUCGGUUGGAGAGACGCUGGUUGGUACCACUUCUUAUGCGUCGGGCAGUUCUUCUGCUGCUGCUGCUGCUGCUUCGUCUACGAUGGGCACUUCACUCCCAGGAAUGCUGGUAGAUGUACCGCUGGGCUAUGGAUCAGAUACUCCCGCUCUACCCCUUGACAACACAGGAGCAGGAGCAGGAGAAGCAUUAGCCUCUCGCUCCACCGAAGAAGAUUUCUUCUUCUCGCUCUUCAGCCAAGAUCCCCAGCAGCCAGCCGACCGAACACGCACGGAGAUGCUAGCGAAUCUAGUCGAUCCGUCAAUACUGGAGGACUUUGCCUUUGGCGGACACGAUGAUUCAUUUUUUUAG